AUGAAGUACCACUAUAUACAGAUGCUCAGAACUACUUUUAAAUACAGCAUUUCUUCAAUACGUUUAUUUUGCAAUAAUCGGGUUCUCCAGAACGAAUCAAGGGCUGUAUCGGAUCUUCUUUUUAACCUACCAACAUACAAUCCAGCGACACAUCGAAAGAGCGGUAACAAUUCUCCACAUAAAAAUCGUGAUAAACACCGCCAUAGAAACGGUAAUAAAGAUCAACGGAAUAAAAAACUUGUUUUCAGAUGGAAUAGUGGAACAGAGAAACAGCAGGCAGCUGCCAACUCGGUGCUAGAGGAAAUACUAGCAAUAAAUUCAAAGGGUAACAUCAAGGCAAUCAAUCCAGAAACUAGCAAGCUAGAAGAAGCCAAUAUUAGGAACUUUUUGAAGGGCGUUAACCUUGAGAUAAAUGGGAUAGCUAUGGUGAGUAUCGAUAAUGCUGCGUCCGGAGAUGUUCGUCUACCCAUUGUCAAAGAAGUGCCAACAAGACAGGCAUUAAAGAAUUAUUCCGACAAACUAUCUAAAAUUAAAGAAGAAGAACUUAUAAAAUUGGGUGUCAAUAUAAAGAAAACUGGCCGUCGCUCUCCAGACUCGAAAGCGGAUUCAUCUUGGAAAUCAAUCAAGGUUUCAUGGCAAAUAUCGGAUUAUGAUUUGAAAAAACAGAAAUGUAGUGAAAUUGUUUCUAAUUUGGAAAAAGGUAGCAAGAUUGCUCUUUUCAUUAAUGAUAAAGACUCUUCUAACUUGUCACCUAUAGAUGAGGAGGAAUUAGAAGCGAUGCAGGAAUCUUCUAUUUCUAAAAAGGAAAUGAAAAGAAGGGAAGAGGUUUUGGAGAAGCUAAACGAAAUAAUCAGCGAAUAUUCAUCACAGAUUACACAAGAAGGUUUGAUCAAUCAAAGAAUAAUUAUGAAAGUAACUCCAAAUCUUGUAAAUACUAAUAAUGGAGUUGAUAAAAAAGCUCUCAAGGAGCAACGGAAACGGGAAAGGCAGGAAAAGCUGCAACGCAGAAUUGAGAAGAAAAAAACCAGCGAUUCCACCGAAUAA